GAAAAACCACCAUGCGAGGCUGAUCCUUGCCGAUCCGGGGCUUGGACACUUCAGAUGCACUUCAGCUAAAGUAUAACCACAAGGCUCGGGUUUUGCCGUGUUCCGUAGGGUUCACAUAUAAGAAGAGCAGAAUUCAGUUGUGCUUGUCAUAUUUACAAUCUCAAGACAGCAUUUUCACCCAGCAAUUUCAUCAUAUGCUGGACUUUUAUAUACCCUCAUUCUGAAUCAGCAACGCACCAAGUCCCCUAUACGACACUUUAGCUAAAAAUGCAGGUUACAAGUUCUGCCAUGCUCGUCUUCGGACUUGUUGCUAGCACAUCCGCAGCAGUUACGAGGGACCAAUUGGUGCCCCGGGACUAUCCAGGUGCCUACGUCGUAGCGCACGAGAGCCGGGAUUGCUCUGGGCCGGCUGUGUUUCUGUGGAAAGAGGGAGACACCGAUUCAACCCACUGUCGCGAUGUCCCUGCAAAGCCGGCCAUCUUCAGCUACUGGCUGGACCCUGGAGCCAACAAGCAGCUUAUUCUGGUUUACAACGACAAGCAGUGCGCGGUCAAGGGCCAGAGCGUCACCAGCGCAAAGGGCAGUCCGUAUUGCUACCACGACAACAAGGCAUAUGCGGCCAGUAUAGCCAUCAAUGUAGACUGCAACAUCUGGACUGGAUGCUAGUGUUUGCGCAGUAUACUCUGUCUGAAUUCUUCUUCUGAAUGGGACGUGCCGA